AUGGCUGCUGUCCGUGAGUGGUCCUGCACCCGCUGCACCUUUCUGAACCCUGUUGGCCAGCGGCAAUGCUCCAUAUGCGAAGCCCCCCGCCAGAAGCCCGACCUCAACCACAUCCUGCGGCUCAGCGUGGAGGAACAGAAAUGGGCUUGUGCCCGCUGCACCUUCAGGAACUUUCUGGGCAAGGAAACCUGCGAGGUAUGUGGCUUCACCCCGGAGCCAGGGCCCAGCGGCUCACCCUUGCCCGUCAUCAAUGGCAUCUUGCCCAAGCCUGCCGUGCUUGUGGAGCCCAAGGGCACAUCCAAGGAGGAGGCUGCCAAGGCAGAAAGCAGCAGCGAGGACUCGGAGGGCAAGAGCCCUGAUGAAGCAGAGCUGGAGAGUGGCUGGGCUUGCCAGCGCUGCACACUGCACAACACACCGAUGGCCAACUCCUGCUCUGCCUGCGGUGGCCCGCGCAAGCUCUCCUUGCCCAAGAUCCCACCAGAGGCGCUGGUCGUCCCUGAAGUCAUCACCCCCGCUGGAUUUCACAUGGCCCCCUCUACCCCGCAGCCUGUGGUCUCUGCAGAGAUUUCUGAUGAUGAUGCUGUGGCCACCCAGGGCCCAGUGGCUAUGGAACAAGAGGCCCAGAAGAUGCCAGCCUUCAGUCCCUUCUCCCCAGGGCUCCAGAACAACCCUGUGCCCCGCAGCCGGCGGGAGGUGCCCCCCCAGCUGCAGAUGCCGGGGUCCGAAAGCUCCCAGCCCGUGGCUCAGAGCACAGCAGGACAGAAGGGCUCUCCCCAGGGUCAGGCCAGGGCUGCCCCAGCUGCCCGCUUCCAGGAGCUGCUGUCUAACAAGCGGCUGAGUGUGCUGGAGGAGGAGAUGGAGGUCAGUCCAUCCCACUGGAAGUGCAGCUCCUGCUCCCUGCUUAACUCCGCUGGGGCUGUCAAAUGUGAGGCUUGCAGUACCCAGAAAGGCAGUGACACCAUCAACCUGGUGGGGGACUCAGUGAGAUUCACCCCCUGCAGCCCCUCCAGCCCAGACUUUACCACCUGGUCCUGUUCCAAAUGCACCCUCAAGAACCCCACCCUGGCCCAGAAGUGCAAAGCCUGUGGCUCCUCCAAGCUCCACGGCUUUCAGGAGCACGGGACACAGGGUGAACCGUCCCCUCGCUGCCCCGACUGCGGGGCUUGUGACAAGGGCGGCUGCUCCUCCUGUGGCAGCAAGGCCCCGUCUGCCCGCAAGGUUGCCCGUCUCUUCCCGUCCCAGUUGCCCGCCGGCCAGGAGAGGCCGGGCCAGUGGGCUUGUCCCGCCUGCACCUUGCUCAACGAGCUCAAGGCCAAGCACUGUGUGGCCUGCCAUACCCCACAGCAGUACGUGGCCCAGCGCAAGGGCCUCAAGCCCCUGAAGAGACGGGAGAGCAUGCACGUGGAGAAGAGGCGGCAGACGGACGAGGGAGAGGCCAAAGCCCUGUGGGAAAACAUCGUGACCUUCUGCCGGGAGAACAAAGUCAAUUUUGUAGAUGACAGUUUCCACCCUGGGCCUAAGUCGGUGGGAUUCCCAGAAGGUGACAGCGUGCAGCAGAGAGUGAAACAGUGGCUGCGACCCCACGAAAUCAACUGUAGCAUCUUCAAGGAUCGAUCAGUGAAGUGGUCGGUGUUUCGGACACCCAGGCCCUCGGAUAUCCUACAAGGACUUCUGGGAAACUGCUGGUUCCUGAGCGCCCUGGCCGUGCUGGCCGAGCGGCCAGAGCUGGUGGAGAGGGUGAUGAUCACCAGGACGUUGUGCCCCGAGGGUGCCUACCAGGUGCGGCUGUGCAAGGACGGCACAUGGACCACGGUGCUGGUGGAUGACAUGCUGCCAUGCGACGAGUGCGGAUACCUCCUCUUCUCGCAGGCCCAGAGGAAGCAGUUGUGGGUUGCCCUCAUUGAGAAGGCGCUGGCCAAGCUUCAUGGUUCGUACUUUGCCCUCCAGGCAGGGCGUGCUAUUGAAGGCCUGGCUACACUAACGGGUGCCCCCUGCGAGAGCCUGAUGCUGCAGGUCAGCUCCACUAACCCUCGCGAGGAGCCCAUUGACACUGACCUCAUCUGGGCCAAAAUGCUGAGCUCUAAGGAGGCUGGGUUCCUCAUGGGUGCAUCCUGUGGUGGAGGCAACAUGAAAGUGGACGAUGUGGCCUACGAGAGUAUGGGUCUGCGUCCACGGCAUGCCUACUCCAUCCUGGAUGUGCGGGAUGUCCAAGGCUUCAGGUUAUUGCGGCUCCGAAACCCCUGGGGCCGUUUCUCCUGGAACGGCAGCUGGUCCGAUGAGUGGCCACACUGGCCGACUCCCUUGCGUCAUGACCUGAUGCCCCACGGCAGCAGCGAGGGUGUCUUCUGGAUGGAGUACAGCGAUUUCAUUAAGUAUUUUGACUCCGUGGAUAUCUGCAAGCUUCAUUCGGACUGGCACGAGGUGCGUGUGCAGGGCAUGUUCCCCAACAAGGCCAACGGGCCCGUGACGGUGACGUCGCUGACGGUGUUGGAGCGUGCCGCCCUGGAGUUUGCCCUCUUCCAGGAGGGCAGCAGGCGGUCGGACACGGUGGACAGCCACUUGCUGGAUCUGUGCAUCAUGGUUUUCCGGGCCACCUUCACCAGCGGGAACAAGCUGAGCCUGGGCCGGCUGAUGGCUCACAGCAAACGAGCUGUCAAGAAGUUCGUCAACUGCGAUGUCAUGCUGGAGCCGGGCGAGUAUGCUGUCGUGUGCUGUGCCUUCAACCACUGGAGUGCUGCUCUGGCAGGGCCCACUGCUGCCCAGGCAUCCAGUCCCACCAGCAGCCGAUCAGCCACUGAUUAUUCCAGCUAUAUCCUGGCCAUCUACAGCUCCCGCCUGGUGAUGGUGGAGCAGGUGGAGGCACAGCCCACCACAUUGGCAGAUGCCAUCAUCCUGCUGACCGAGAACAAGGGCGAGCGCCAUGAGGGCCGUGAGGGGAUGACCUGCUACUACUUGACGCAUGGCUGGGCAGGACUCAUAGUGGUGGUGGAGAACCGGCACCCCAAGUCCUACCUACACGUCCAGUGUGACUGCACCGACAGCUUCAACGUUGUCUCCACGCGUGGCAGCCUCAAAACGCAGGACAGCGUCCCUCCCCUGCACAGGCAGGUGUUGGUGAUCCUCUCCCAGCUGGAGGGUAACGCCGGCUUCUCUAUCACGCACCGCCUGGCUCACCGCAAAGCCACCCAGGCCUUCCUCAAUGACUGGAUGUCGACAAAGGGCACCCACAACCCGCUGCUCACACCCGAGGUCGCUGGGCUGCACGGCCCCCGGCCCCUAUGA